CUACUUCCUUCUCCCUUCCUUCAACCCUCGUGCUCAUCCCCUUCCCUGCCUGCUUCUCCCUCUUCCCACUAGCUAGCUACGGUCAAGUCCCAAAUCACAUCCUCAAUUACCACUACAAGCUCCAAUCAAUCGACCGAACAAGAGACAAGCCGCCAUGAGAAGAGGGGAAGCCGAGCUACACAGCCGCCGCUAGCUUAUUCCACCAGGAAUCCGUGCCAAGAAACAUGCCGUCUCUCCGGGGAUGUGAUCUUGCUCUCCUCCUCUGCGGCUGCUUCUUGCUCCUCCCUUUCCUCUCCCAUGGCGCCGACAUGCCCCUGGGCAGCUCGCUCACGCCGGGUAACUCGUCGCCUUGGUUGUCGCCCAACUCCACCUUCUCCCUCGCCUUCGGCCCGUCCCCGUCCUCCCCGUCCCUCUCCGUCGCCUCGGUCUCCUACGCCGGCGGCGUCCCCAUCUGGUCGGCCGGCGCCGGCGCGGCCGUCGACUCCGGUGGCUCGCUCCGCCUCUCCUCCACCGGCGACCUGCAGCUGCUCAACGGCUCCUCAAACACCGUGCUCUGGUCCUCCAACACCGCCAACCAGGGCGUCACCGCCGCGGCCGUCCAGGAGAGCGGCAACCUCAUCCUCAAGAACUCCUCGGGCGGCGCCGUCUGGCAGUCCUUCGACCACCCCACGGACACCGUCGUCAUGUCCCAGACCUUCGCCUCCGGCCUGAACCUCACCUCCGGCGACUACCUCUUCACCCUCGACCGGGCCUCGGGCAACCUCACGCUCCGCUGGGCCCGGCGCGCCGCCGCCACCAUCACCUACUUCAACCGCGGCUACAACUCCUCCUUCACCGCCAACCGCACGCUCAGCUCCCCCGCGCUCACCAUGCAGACCAACGGCAUCGUCUCCAUCGCCGACGGCACGCUCGCCACCCCCGUCGUCGUCGCCUACAGCAGCAACUACGGCGAGAGCGGCGACAUGCUGCGCUUCGUGCGCCUCGACUCCGACGGCAACUUCCGCGCCUACAGCGCGGCGCGCGGCAGCGGCACGGCGGCGGAGCAGUGGUCCGCGGUCGCGGACCAGUGCCAGGUGUUCGGCUACUGCGGCAACAUGGGCGUGUGCGGCUACAACGGCACGGCGCCCGUCUGCGGCUGCCCCUCGCAGAACUUCCAGCCCAGCAACCCGUCCAACCCGCGAGAAGGGUGCACGCGCAAGGUCGACCUCGCCAACUGCCCCGGCAACUCCACCAUGCUCGAGCUCGACAACACGCAGUUCCUCACCUACACGCCCGAGAUCAACACGGAGCAGUUCUUCGUCGGCAUCACCGCAUGCCGCCUCAACUGCCUCUCGGGGACCUCCUGCGUCGCCUCCACCGCGCUCGCCGACGGGUCCGGCCUCUGCUUCCUCAAGGUCUCCACCUUCGUCAGCGCCUACCAGUCCGCCUCGCUCCCGAGCACCUCCUUCGUCAAGGUCUGCUUCCCCGGCGUGCCCAACCCGCCCCUCGGCGGCGCGGGCAGCGGCUCCUCGUCGUCGCGCAACUCGGGCCUCCGGUCCUGGGUCGUCGUCCUGGUCGUCCUCGGCGUGGUGUCCGGGCUGGUGCUCGCCGAGUGGGUGCUCUGGUGGGUGCUGUGCCGGAACAGCCCCAAGUACGGCGCGGCGUCGGCGCAGUACGCGCUGCUGGAGUACGCGUCCGGCGCGCCGGUGCAGUUCUCCUACCGCGAGCUGCAGCGCUCCACCAAGGGCUUCAAGGAGAAGCUGGGCGCCGGCGGCUUCGGCGCCGUGUACCGCGGCGUGCUGGCCAACCGCACCGUGGUGGCGGUGAAGCAGCUGGAGGGGAUCGAGCAGGGGGAGAAGCAGUUCCGGAUGGAGGUGGCCACCAUCAGCAGCACGCACCACCUCAACCUCGUCCGCCUCAUCGGCUUCUGCUCCGAGGGCCGCCACCGCCUGCUCGUCUACGAGUUCAUGAAGAACGGCUCCCUCGACUCCUUCCUCUUCACCACGGCCACCGGCGGCGACAACACCAACGCCAAGGCCAUGCCCUGGUCCACGCGCUUCGCCGUCGCCGUCGGCACGGCGCGCGGCAUCACGUACCUGCACGAGGAGUGCCGCGACUGCAUCGUGCACUGCGACAUCAAGCCGGAGAACAUCCUGCUGGACGAGCACCACAACGCCAAGGUCUCCGACUUCGGCCUCGCCAAGCUCAUCAACCCCAAGGACCACCGCCACCGCACGCUCACCAGCGUGCGCGGCACGCGAGGCUACCUGGCGCCGGAGUGGCUCGCCAACCUGCCCAUCACAGUCAAGUCCGACGUCUACAGCUACGGGAUGGUCCUGCUGGAGACCAUCGGCGGCCGCCGCAACUUCGACAUCGCCGACGACACCAACCGCAAGAAGUUCUCCGUCUGGGCCUACGAGGAGUACGAGCGGGGGAACGUGGCCGGCAUCCUCGACAGGCGGCUCGCCGGGGACGCGGACAUGGCCCAGGUGGAGCGCGCGCUGCAGGUCAGCUUCUGGUGCAUCCAGGAGCAGCCGUCGCAGCGGCCCACCAUGGGGAAGGUGGUGCAGAUGCUGGAGGGGGUCAUGGAGCUCGAGAGGCCGCCGCCGCCAAAGUCAUCCGACAGUUUCCUCACCGUCACCACGGCCACCAGCGGCGUCAGCAGCAGCAUGGCGUCCACGUUCGCCUCGUCGUCGGCGCCGGCGCCGCCUGUGCCGUCGCCGAAUCUGGAGCAGGAGAUCGCCGUGGGGCGAUCGGCGUCCGCCAGGAACCGCGAGAUCGCGUCGCUCCCGCUGCGCUCGUCGGAGCCGUACAUGACAAUGUAAAGAAUUGCCUGUGCCCAUCUUCUCCUGUUCCUGUUCUGAAGAACAUCAAAAAUGAGGCGGCAAAACGAUAGAAAAUGAUUUGCUUCUGUGAUCCGUUCGAAGAGAAGCUGCACAGAUCAUUGAGCGAUUAGGGAAUUCAUAGGCUGCUCCAUUGUCUGGCUGGUUCUGUUCUAGUGGAGCAUGGAAGCUGCCUCACUAAAAAUUACCAAGUGUUCUUCACGGCCUACGAGAUUUUCAGACACAUACUAGUAGUACUUCAGAAGUAUGGAUGUGGGUGACGAGCCAAAUAGCCGCAAUUUGUAAGUAACAGGAUUAGAUUAAAAAGUUUGAUUCCUCGGAAUCAUUGUAAUUUGUACAAAUAAUUCAAACCGAUUCUGUUCUGAGUUUCAGAUGUAGAA